AUGGAAUCUAAAAUAUCUCGACCAAAAAAUAGGAAAAGAAAUAGUUUGAAUUUAGAUCUAGAAAGGUUUGAAGAAAUUAAGCUUCGUGAGAAAGAGUUGCAAGCUGAUAUACCACCUAAUAGAAUACAAAAGUAUUUAAGCCAACCAGAAUUGAAACUGUGCUCGAUUACUAAAGAUAGUUCUAGAUUUUCAAAUCAAUAUGAGAAAGAGGGAAACCAAAUCAUAGUGAAAGAAGAAGAACAAAAUGAUCCGAUAAUCAGAAAGACAAGAAAGUCCACCAGAGUUGCUGCUCAUCUGAAAAACGUGAAAGUAGAACGUAGUAUGAUAAAGAAACCAGCACCUAGAAGGCUUAAUGAAAAGUUCAAAGAGGUAAGCAGAUUCUUCACCAGAAAUAAGCCUAAAUACUUUUAUCCAAAUUCUAUCAAAAACCCUUCCUGGGUGAAAGAAAACCCCAAAGCUGAAAGUGGCCAUUUGACUUUCCCACCAAAGCUUGCGGAUACACAAAGAUCCACAACACUGUUUGAAGAUAAAAUUAUAUUAUCACAUUCAUACCAGGAGCUAAUAGACAAAGUUAGAGAAGGACUCAAAGAUUCAUCAAUAGACGUAGCUUUGCUGAAUCAGCUAGUUCCGAAGAAUCUCGAGUACGAAAAGAAUAGAUUCAGUCUUCUACCAGGAAGUGCCCAUAAGGCUGAGGAUUUUUCCACCUUCGAUUUGGACCUCUUCUUGCAAAGGCUAAGUCAGGAUACUUCAGUCCUUGCAAGAAGAGCAUCAUUAGUGUAG